UUUGCUACAUUAGCUCUUGCGUUCGGGAUUGGAUACAUGAACGUGUGCGUGUGAUUGAGUGAGCACAGUGAAGGAGAGCGAGCGAGAGCGAGAUGAAAAAAAAGGAAUGUAGGAAUAGGUCUACAAACUUGGAGCAACGCUGUUGCUGAAACAAUGGCCUAGACAACUACUGGUCUGGUUGUGUGUGCUUCCCAUCCUUGUGUCCGUCGUUAUAAGCAGGAGCCAGACGUCGUGCUACAGCAAAUAAUCCGGUAAAACAGCAAGAGUAACAGCUACCAUUGCCAGCGACCCCAACACCCCAACGGCUGACUCAGCUAGUGGGGUGAGACAAACUGCAGUACACACACAGAGCAGGAUGGAGGCUUCAUUCGGUCCAACCUUCGCAGCCGUUGCGGCUGGAGCUAAAGUAGAAGCAUCCAGCAGUUAUAAGCAACAUAGAAGAACUCCCUCCUCCUCCAGCACCUUGACCUACUCCCCUCGGGAUGAUGACGAUGGAAUGCCACCCAUCGGUACUCCUCGGAGGUCAGACUCAGCCAUCUCAGUGCGAUCGCUCCAUUCCGAGUCCAACAUGUCCUUGCGAUCCACUUUCUCUUUGCAUGAAGAGGAGGAAGACAUGGAGCCCCAGGUAUUUGCUGAACAGCCAUCAGUAAAACUGUGCUGCCAGUUGUGCUGCAAUGUUUUCAAGGACCCUGUUAUCACCACUUGUGGGCACACCUUUUGCAGACGAUGUGCAUUGACCUCAGACAAGUGUCCUGUGGAUGCAGCGAAGCUUACGGUUGUGGUCAACAACAUUGCGGUUGCGGAGCAGAUUGGCGAGCUCUUCAUUCACUGUAAAUACGGCUGCAGGGCAACCGCCAGUGGGGCAUGCGCGGGUGGUGCCUCCAACCCCACAGUAGCGGGGAAACCUGGAGCGUAUGAGGUGGACCCAGUGGGCUGCCCGUUCACGAUCAAACUAUCUGCACGCAAAGAACACGAAGGCAGUUGUGACUACAGGCCUGUCCGGUGCCCCAACAACCCCUCCUGCCCUCCACUUCUCACCAUGAACCUGGAGGCGCACCUGAAAGAAUGUGAGCACAUCAAGUGUCCCCAUUCAAAAUAUGGGUGUACUUUCAUUGGUAACCAGGACACAUUUGAAACACACCUCGAGAUGUGUAAAUUUGAAGGGCUGAAAGAGUUUCUGCAGCAGACUGAUGACAGAUUUCAUGAGAUGCAGCUGACUUUAGCUCAGAAGGACCAAGACAUUGCUUUUCUGCGCUCUAUGUUGGGCAAAUUGUCUGAGAAAUUAGAUCAGCUUGAAAAAAACCUGGAGCUGAAAUUCGACAUGCUGGAUGAGAAUCAGAGUAAACUGGGGGAGGACCUAAUGGAAUUCCGCAGAGACGCUUCCAUGCUCAAUGAUGAGCUGUCCCACAUCAACGCGAGACUCAACAUGGGAAUCCUGGGCUCAUAUGACCCUCAGCAGAUUUUCAAGUGCAAAGGCACAUUUGUUGGCCAUCAGGGACCCGUUUGGUGUCUUUGUGUCUAUUCCACCGGAGACCUGCUCUUUUCUGGCUCCUCAGACAAGACCAUCAAGGUAUGGGACACGUGCACCACCUACAAAUGUCAGAAAACCCUUGAAGGACACGAUGGCAUCGUGCUGGCCCUCUGCAUCCAGGGAAACCGCCUCUACAGUGGCUCUGCAGACUGCACCAUCAUUGUGUGGGACAUCCAGACCCUGCAGAAAGUCAACACCAUUCGUGCCCAUGACAACCCCGUUUGUACGCUGGUCUCCUCCCACAACAUGUUGUUCAGCGGCUCCCUCAAGGCCAUUAAGGUGUGGGACAUCGUGGGAACAGAGUUGAAGCUGAAGAAGGAGUUGACUGGGCUGAAUCACUGGGUCAGAGCACUCGUGGCCUCCCAGAACCACCUGUAUAGUGGAUCAUAUCAGACCAUCAAGAUUUGGGACAUCCGUUCUCUUGAGUGUGUCCACGUCUUGCAGACCAGUGGGGGCAGUGUCUACUCUAUCGCUGUCACCAAUCACCACAUAGUGUGUGGCACCUAUGAAAACCUGAUUCAUGUGUGGGACAUUGAGUCCAAAGAGCAGGUGCGGACUCUGACUGGUCACGUGGGGACAGUUUACGCGCUUGCCGUCAUCUCGACACCUGACCAGACCAAAGUGUUCAGUGCCUCCUACGACCGUUCACUAAGGGUAUGGAGCAUGGACAACAUGAUCUGCACCCAGACCCUGCUCAGACAUCAGGGCAGUGUCACAGCUCUGGCUGUGUCCCGUGGUCGCCUCUUCUCUGGAGCGGUGGACAGCACAGUGAAGGUGUGGACAUGCUAAACAGAUAUCUUGAUGAGUUUGUCUGUGUCAGACAGACAUCCCAAAUGCCAACAUUUCCUUCUGUUUUUUUUUUCCCCCCCACUUCACAACCACACUCCAAUAAGUAUUUGCUCAAAGAGCUCAAACAUUUUGACCCUUCAUGGUCAUCAGGACCAAUUGUUGGACUCAAGGUCGUCACUGAUCUCAUCACAUUGUGCAUUAUGGCAAGCUGUCAUAUGGUUGACCGACUGAAUGCUUUGUGCCUGUAAAUGUGUCAGGAAGCAAGACAGGAUUUUAGUGACCUGCAGACAGUCCUGCUACAUCAUAGGCUGGUUUCACAAACCUGCUUUUUACAUGUAUGUAAUAUAUACAGCCUCCUGAAUUUCCUGUUUACAGUAUUUUGUAAAAUGAUAUUAAACUUCAGGAAGACUGAAAAAUAAAAAUACACGUGAUCAUCAUUUCCGCUCCGCAACUCAGCUUUGCGAAACCAGCCUUUAUAAGAAUCAAGUUUAAUAAGAUAAACGGGAUGUCAUUCAGCCACUUAUGUCCAAUACUUGUGUGUAACGUGUGUUGUGUACAUAUACAUCUAUGUAUAUGUACACAGAUAUAUAAUAUACAUACAGUUGAAGGUACAAACUCUGUGCAAAAACACAUUUAAUUUUUUUUUCACUGUCUGAAGUCACAUCAGACUAAACUUCUCCUGUUUUAGGUCAGUCAAGAUCACCAAAAUUGUUUUCUUCAAGGUCAAAAGUUUUCAUACAUUUCCUUACUAUGAGAGGCAAUUCCUUUGAUCUGCAUGAUUUGAGUCAAACGUUGUGUGUAACUUUCCACAAGCGUACUCUGCUGCAAUCCUGGCCCAUUCCUCCUGACAGAAGUGGCGUAACUGAGUCGGUUUUCCUUGUUCGCACACACUUUAGCAGAUCUGCCGACCAAUUUUCGAUGGGAUUCAGAUCAGGGCUUUGUGAUGGCCACUCCAAGACAUUUGACUUUAAACUCUAACCACAUUUCAAUCCUUUGGCCAGUAUGCUUACGGUCAAUGUUUAGAAGACCCAUUUGUGUGUAAGUUUUAGCUUCCUGGCACAUGUUUUGAGUUAUUCCCUUAAUAUCUCCAUGUGCUGUUCUCCCUUCAUGAUGCCAUCUAAUUUUUGAAGCGCUCCCGUUCCUGCUGCGUUAAAACAGGCUCACAACAUGAUGCCGACACCUCCAUGUUUCACAGUUGGUAUGGUGUUCUCAGGUCUGCAAGUUUCCCCCUCUUCCCUCCAGAUGUAACAUUGGGAAUUACGGUCAAACAGCGCCACUUGAGUUUCAUCAGACCACAGGACAUGUCACCAGAUAAACUUUUGAAUUAUAAGAAAAUAAUUUCACUAAGGUCCUUGUGGCAUUUAACAAAAUAAAAUACUUCUGGUGAUCUUGACUGACUUGAAACAGGAGAGGUUUAAUCUGAUUUGACCUCAGACAGAGAGACGAAAAAAAAAAUCAAAUGUAUUUUUGCACAGUGUAUGUAAGCUUCUGUGUUUUGAUGAGUGCCAUAUCUGAAACGUUCAAGGAUGAGUUACUCUGUUUAACUUCAUGGCAACAAGGAGUGUAACACAUUAACAGAAUCACGCUUUGUUGUGGGCGGAUGUGCGUGCGUGUUCAGUCCGCAGGAAGUGAUGGCAGACUAAUAAACUCCCAGCAGCCAAUGCAGAUAAAGUGCCACUGGGCGAAUGUGAUGUGCAAGCACCCAUAUUGGGUUAAAUAUAAGCCUGUAGUCAUAGCAACAUGUUGACCCACAUCACAUUUGUAAGUAGGGUGCACCCACAGAACGUAUACUUUAAAUGUGAGAGUUUCACAGAUGGUCCAAAGUAUUUUGCGUUUGUUAUAGUGCACAUUUUGGCCACUACUAGAGAUUUCUUGUGUACGUGUAAUUAUGUAAUCUUGAGUUGAUCAUCAAUAAAACUUGUACACUUUGACAAUGGAGUGAUGUAAUUGUGCUAUCAAACUUAGUAUUUAUGUUCCUUGAAGUGAUGUCGUGACAAAAGUGAUGUUUUUGUUUUCAUGUACGGUGUAUUUAC